CACAUGGUUUCUGAAGUUCGAAGUCGUCUCUCUUUCAGCGCGCACCAGCAAAAAAUGAAACUGGGUCACGAUGGGAACGGUCACUAGGCGUUCAGUUUUCCGCUUCCAAUGGGUCCGUGAAGUCGGUGACGUUCCCUUGACAGUAGGUCAACCCGUCUGUCCUGAUCCGCUCUUAAAUCGCUUUCUUUCUAGAAAUCUCUUUUGAUUUUCUGUCGACAGAACCAUUUCUCAAACAUUUCUGCGCUUCAGCACCAUAUUAUCAUCAUUUGCACCCUGACUUUUCUCUACCUCACAAAGCUCAACUCUUCUUAGCUCUCAUGGCAGAAAAACUCAUCUCUCUCUGGGUUUUCCUUCUACUCCUAUGUCCAGUAAAGCCUCAAGACGAUGCUAGACCCUUGUUGGACGGGUUCAGCGGCGGGUUCAGCGCUGCAGGCAACAACUUGAGCUUAGACGGCGUUGCAGCUGCGGUUGAGAACAAUGGCGUACUAAGGCUAACAGACUACUCCUCGAUCAUGGCUUCCGGCCACGCCUUUUAUUCACACCCAAUCCAAUUCAAGAAUUCCAGCGGCGAAGUCAAGUCCUUCUCCACCUCGUUCGCUUUCGUUAUAGUCCCCCAGCCUGGGAAACAAGGCGGCGAUGGCCUCGCUUUCGCAAUCUCUCCCGUACAAGGGAUUCCAGGGGGUAAUCCAGGCUCUUAUAUUGGCCUCUUCAACGCCAGCAAUAAUGGGAACGUCUCCAACCAUAUAUUAGCGGUCGAAUUCGACACUUACAUGAACGCCGAGUACGGUGAAACCGAUAACAACCAUGUUGCCGUCGACAUCAAUAGCAUAAUAUCGAACAAAUCUGCACUGGUUCCCUUUAAUUUGACGAGUGGUCAGGCAAUUCAGGCAUGGAUCGAUUAUAAUUCGCCAACAAACCAAUUAAAUGUCAGGCUUGCGACGGACUCUACCAAACCCAGUUCUAUACUUUUGUCCUCUACAGUGAACCUCUCACAAAUUCUUAAUGAAUCUAUGUACAUCGGAUUUUCUGCUGCUACUGGUCAAAUCACGAGCUCGCAUUAUAUCCUGGGUUGGAGCUUCAACAUGAAUGGAGAUGCUAAAUCUCUCAAUUUAGUUCAACUUCCUAAGCCCCAGCUCCCCAGUACUGCCACUGGGACCAAAAAGAAUCGUACAGGCCUAAUUGUUGGCGUCUCAGUUUCAGGUGCUUUCGCUGUCAUUUUGCUUGCUGCUUUGACGUUUUACAUGGUCAGGAGGAAACGGAAGGCUGAUGCGGUUGAGGACUGGGAGCAUGAUAUUGGUCCGCAUAGAUUUUCUUACGAGGAGCUGAAGAAAGCAACAAGGGGUUUCAAAGAGAAAGAGCUACUUGGAUCUGGUGGGUUUGGUAAAGUUUACAAAGGAACUCUGCCGAAGUCAGAUACCCAAGUUGCUGUUAAGCGUAUUCCUCAGGAUUCCAAACAGGGCUUAAAAGCGUUCAUAUCGGAGGUUGCUACUAUCGGUCGUCUGCGUCAUAGAAAUUUGGUUCUAUUAUUGGGUUGGUGUCGUCGGGAAGCUGAUCUACUACUUGUGUAUGAAUUCAUGCCUAAUGGAAGCUUAGACAAGCACCUUUUUGAUAAGCCCCAAUCAAUCCUGAGCUGGGAACAAAGGUUCAAGAUCAUCAAAGGAGUGGCUUCAGGGCUUCUAUACUUACACGAGGAGUGGGAAAAAACUGUAGUUCACAGGGACAUCAAGGCCGGAAAUGUUUUGUUGGAUUCUGAGUUCAAUGCAAGGCUGAGCGAUUUUGGUCUCGCUAAGCUAUACGAGCACGGCUCCAACCCAAGCACCACCAGGGUUGUGGGGACGUUGGGGUAUAUGGCACCUGAGCUGACGCGCACAAGCAAGCCGACGACCAGCUCCGAUGUGUAUGCCUUUGGAGCUUUGCUGCUGGAAGUGAUAUGUGGUAGAAGACCCAUUAAUCCUACAGCAUCGUCUGAGGAGCUCAUGCUGGUGGACUGGGUUUGGGAGAAGUGGGCGGUCGGAGCAGUACUUGAUGUUGUUGACCAGAGGAUGGAGGGCAGGUUCGAUGAGGCUGAGGCUGUUUUGGUGCUCAAACUGGGCUUAAUUUGUUCCAAUGAGGACGCCGAGGCACGCCCUACGAUGAGGCUGGUGUUGAGGUACUUGGAGGGCGAGUUGGCGCUGCAGGAGGCGGUGGAGAUGCCAUAUAAGAAAAAAGGUGGUGCUGCCGCUGGUCGUCGGACUCGUGCCAUUGAGUUUGAGGAUUAUACGCAAUCCAUUCCGACUGCAUCGUCGGUGUAUGACGUUGAUGGUAGGUAGGCUGACGGUCCUCUUUCUUUCUUUCUUUUUUCCUUCCUUUUUCUCUUCCUUUUGUCUUUAGAGAAAUGCACACUUUCUAAAAAAUUUCUCUAAAAUUUGCUCUCCAAAAAACAAUGUGUAACAGUUCUGUAUAAUUUAUUAUUUUAAAAAAUUGUAUCAUCAGGAUUACGACACAUUUUGGAGAGCAAAUUUUAAUUUUUUUUUUUAAAAAAAGUGUAACAUUUCUCAUCUUUGUAAGUUGGAUUGUAAUUUGGAUUUUAAGAUUUCAUUACCUGGUUAUGGUAGUACCUUUGCUUGGAAGAAAAUAUAUUAUUCAGCACCUAUGAAGAUGCAGUAUUUACAAGGCCAAUUUUGG